UUUGUGAAGGAAGCCUUGCCAGGUUGCAAGGGAAUUUGGACUGUUUACCACAAGAGUGCACGUAGCCAUCUCAACGAAUCCUCAAGGGUGGCAGAUGAAGAAGAUGAAUAUCAUGCAUAUUUGAUUAUUAGUUUGGAGACUCGUACAAUGGUUCUGCAGACUGCAAAUAAUUUGGAGGAGGUAACAGAGAAUGUCGAUUACUAUGUUCAAGGAAAUACUAUUGCUGCUGGAAAUCUAUUUGGGAGACGUCGAGUAAUCCAAGUGUUUGCUCAUGGCGCUCGAAUUCUUGAUGGUGCAUUUAUGACUCAAGAACUGAGCUUUAAGGCUUCAAAUGUGGAAUCUGGCUCGAGUUCUGAUAGUUCUAUCGUAUCUUCUGUUUCGAUAGCUGACCCUUAUGUUUUACUAAGAAUGACAAAUGGAAGUAUUCAGCUUCUUGCGGGAGAUCCAUCAUCGUGCUCUGUUUCUGUUACUGUUCCAUCAAUAUUUGAAAGCUCAAAAAAGUCAGUAUCUGCUUGUACUCUAUAUCAUGAUAAAGGCCCCGAACCUUGGCUCAGGAAGACUAGUACUGAUGCUUGGCUUUCUUCUGGCAUGGGAGAGGCAAUUGAUGGUGCAGAUGGGGUAACCCAUGAUCAGGGUGAUGUGUAUUGUGUUGUUUGCUAUGAAAAUGGUACUCUUGAAAUAUUUGAUGUUCCCAAUUUUAGUUGUGUUUUCUCCGUUGAUAAAUUCGUAUCUGGAAGGACCCACCUUGUCGACACCUUUAUCCAAGAUCCAGUGAAUGGUCUGAAGAAAAAUACUGAGGAUGUUAUGGGCCCUGGACAGAACGAGAAUGCUAAGGACAUGAAGAUAAACGUGGCGGAGUUGAUGAUGCAUAGGUGGAUAGGGCUAUAUUCCCGCCCUUUUCUUUUUGGGAUAUUAGCUGAUGGGACGAUUCUGUGUUAUCAUGCAUAUGUUUUUGAAGGAUCAGAGAAUUCUUCUAAAGUUGAUGGAUCUGUUUCGUCACAGAAUUCCAUUGGUCUUAGCAGUACAAAUGCAUCUAGGCUCAGAAAUUUAAGAUUUGUUCGGGUUUCAGUAGAGAAUUAUGCAAAGGAAGAGAUGUCAUCUGGAACCCCAUCACAGCGAAUGAGUGUCUUUAAGAAUAUUGGUGGUUCUCAAGGAUUAUUUCUCACCGGGUCCAGGCCAUCUUGGUUCAUGGUAUUUCGUGAACGACUUAGAGUACAUCCACAGCUGUGUGACGGACCUAUCGUUGCGGUCACUGUUCUUCAUAAUGUCAACUGUAAUCACGGACUUAUCUACGUAACAGCCCAGGGCACUUUAAAAAUUUGCCAGCUUCCAUCAUUCCUGUCAUAUGACAACUAUUGGCCAGUGCAGAAGAUACCACUGAAGGGAACACCACAUCAAGUUACUUAUUUUGCUGAGAAGAAUCUUUACCCAAUUAUAGUUUCAGUUCCAGUUCUUAAGCCAUUGAAUCAAGUCCUAUCAACUAUAGUUGAUCAAGAAGUUGGCCACCAGUUUGAUCCUGAUAAUAUAAAUUUUGAAGGGAACUACCCUAUAGAAGAAUUUGAGGUGCGGAUUAUGGAACCAGACAAAUCUGGUGGGCCCUGGCAAACAAGGGCAAGUAUUCCUAUGCAAAGUUCUGAAAAUGCUCUGACUGUGAGGGUGGUUACUUUACUUAAUACAACAACAAGAGAGAAUGAAACACUAUUGGCAGUUGGGACUGCUUAUGUGCAAGGGGAGGAUGUUGCUGCAAGAGGGCGCGUGCUUUUGUUUUCUAUAGACCGAAAUGCUGAUAAUUCUCGAACUUUGGUCUCAGAAGUCUACUCAAAGGAAUUAAAGGGUGCUAUAUCUGCUUUAGCUUCACUUCAAGGUCACUUGUUGAUAGCUUCUGGUCCUAAAAUUAUCUUGCACAAAUGGACGGGGUCUGAGUUGAAUGGAGUUGCUUUUUGUGAUGUUCCUCCACUCCAUGUUGUGAGCCUAAAUAUUGUGAAGAACUUUAUUCUUCUUGGAGACAUUCACAAGAGUAUAUACUUCAUCAGUUGGAAAGAGCCUCAGCUUAACUUAUUAGCUAAAGAUUUUGGUUCCCUUGACUGUUUAGCAACAGAGUUCUUGAUUGAUGGUAGCACUCUCAGUCUUGUAGUUUCAGAUGAUCAAAAGAAUGUUCAGAUAUUCUACUAUGCUCCAAAGGUUUCAGAAAGUUGGAAAGGGCAGAAGCUUCUGUCUAGGGCUGAGUUCCAUGUUGGUUCUCGCAUUACAAAGUUCUUACGCUUGCAGUUGCUUCCCGCUAUAUCUGACCGAACUGCUACCACUCCAGGGUCUGAUAAAACAAAUCGAUUCGCUUCAGUGUUUGGCACACUAGAUGGCAGCCUUGGCUGUAUAGCCCCUCUGGAUGAACUUACUUUUCGUAGGCUUCAGUCCCUGCAGAAAAAGCUUGUCAGUGCUGUUACCCAUGUUGCUGGACUAAAUCCAAGAUCAUUCCGGCAGUUCCGUUCAAAUGGAAAAGCUCAUCGGCCUGGUCCAGACAACAUAGUUGACUAUGAGCUGCUAUCCCACUAUGAGAUGCUCCCAUUGGAGGAACAGCUUGAGAUAGCUCAGCAAAUUGGAACCACACGGAUGCAAAUAAUGUCAAACUUGAAUGACUUGACCUUAGGCACAAGCUUCUUAUAGUGUAGCUCUAGCGAGGACGAAUAGAUCAGAAUCAAUGUUUUGCUAAUUUGGUGGAAGUGGGGAACUGGAGCGGUUCAGAAGUCGUCGCCGGCCAGUCUUAAGCCUUCAGUAAUCAUCCUUGUGGAACUAAGACGGCUUUACACCUAUGAUGCUGUUUCCUCUUUGAAUCAUGAAUCCGAUGCUGUUUCCUCUUUGAAUCAUGAAUCCGAAGAACUGUGCAGGGAUCACCAUUCUCGUCAAGCAGCUGCAGUCUCUUAAUGAGAUUGCCCAGAAUUCUUGGUUCUCUGUUGUUAUUGUGGAUGUAUAUUAGUUAGGUGUAUCAUUCCUAGGACCAUUUAUAAUGUACUGCAUAAGUUAAAAUUUUAAGCUUGAUAUGUCAAUCAUUGUAAUCUUGUAAGUUAUUUUUUUUUUUUGAGAAUGGUAUCAUUUGUAUUUGGAGGUUAAUUUUUUUGAGAAUGGUAACAUUUGUAAUCUUGCAGGUUAAGUACAAUGUCUAAGUGGUUACACCGCCUACAAGGUUAGUGUUGAGAAGUAUAUACAUUGUAGAGUUAGUUUGACUGUUAGAAGUUAGUUAGUGGGUUAGUGUA